AUACAUGUGUUUCAACUUGUUAUUCCAAGUGCCCAAGCUUUUGAUUACUUCACCAACUGCACAGGUAGUUCUAAUUACACCCAAAACAGUCAGUACCAAAAAAAACUUCGGUAAUCUCUUAUUCGAGUUAACUGCAGAAGCUUCGCUUUCUGGUUUUUAUUACUCAUCUGUAGGUCAGAUCCCUGAUAAAGUCUAUGGCCUUUACCUAUGCCGGGGUGACAUUGGUGGUCAAGGUUGUGGCCAAUGCGUAUACCAGGCUCAAAAUAGUAUCCUCAAAGAGUGUCCGACCCAGAUAUGGGCUGUUCUGUGGUAUGACAAUUGCAUGCUUCAUUUCUCUAACGAGACAUUCUAUCAUCAGAUGGAUGAUUACCCAAGCAACGUGGAAUGGAACCCUGAAAACAUAACUAGUAACAAGACUCGGGCAUUUUCUAAGGUGCUUAACAAUACCAUGAUGGAUUUGACACCAGAAAUUGUGAACAGCAAGGUGAAAUUUGGUACCAAAAUGGCUAACAUCACAAGCUCAAAGAAGUUAUAUACCUUAGGGCAGUGCACGCUAGACUUGUCAGCAGAUGACUGGUUGGUGCUUGAAAAUUGCGAUUGGGAAGCUUCCAAUGAUGCUUGGAGGGAGAGCUUUGCUACCAAGCUGCAAUGUAAGAUUUGAAGUCAGUCCGUUUUAUGGCAAUACUGUUAACACAUCAUUCUUGCUAUCUGCGAUCACCAAUUCAACAUCAACCAUUACAAGAGACAAGCAGCAGAAAAGAUCGUCACACAUUGCCAUUGCUGUCAGCAUUCCUGUAAUCUUUGUAGUCUUGCUCCUGGCUGGUGCUUUCUGUUCCAUAUACAAUCGGAAGGCUGCAACGCCAUCUCCUGGACUGGAGGAGAUAGUUACAGUAGAAUCAUUACAAUAUGAUUUCAAGACAAUACGAGUCGCAACAAAUAAUUUCUCGACAGAAAAUAAGCUUGGGCAAGGUGGAUUUGGUGUUGUUUACAGGGGAACGCUUCAGAAUGGACAAGAAAUAGCAGUGAAAAGGUUGUCAUCCACCUCAGGGCAAGGUAUUGCAGAAUUCAAGACAGAAGUUCUAUUAGUUGCAAAGCUUCAGCAUAAGAAUUUGGUUAGACUCCUGGGAUUCUGUUUGCAAGCACAAGAAAAGUUACUUGUCUAUGAGUUCUUGCCUAAUUCAAGUCUUGACAAAGUCCUACUCGAUCCAAACAAGCACGUAUCAUUGGAUUGGGAAACCCGAUAUAAGAUAAUAGCAGGAAUUGCUAGAGGAGUCCUCUACCUUCAUGAAGAUUCAAGACUAAAGAUAAUACAUCGUGACCUAAAAUCAAGCAAUAUUAUGUUAGAUGAAAAUAUGAACCCGAAGAUAUCAGAUUUUGGUUUGGCAAGGCUUGUAGGAGCUGAUCAAAUUCAAGGUGAUACCAAUAGGAUUGUUGGGACAUAUGGAUACAUGGCUCCAGAGUAUGCAAUGGCUGGGCGGUUUUCAGUCAAGUCAGUCGUUUAUAGCUUCGGAGUGAUAGUUUUGGAAAUCGUAAGUGGCCUCAAGUGUAACUCAUCAGCCUUCCCUUUUCAUGAAGAAAGUCUACUUCAACGAGCCUGGAGGUUUGGAACCUCAAUGCAGCUUUAGAGUUGAUGGACCUCAGACUCAAAGGUAGCUUCUCAAGUGAGAAAGCAGUGAAAUGCAUUCACAUUGGCUUGCUUUGCAUCCAAGAAAAUGCAAAUAAGAGACCAACAAUGGCUCCAAUUGUCUCGGCAAUCAAUGGCUAUCCAGUGGUACUCUCUGAGCCAACACCACCUCAGCUAAUAGCCACAAGUAGUAGUACUUCUGGUCAAUCUUCUAAUAUAUUUUCAGGAAGUAAGGACAUCACAGAUGUUUAUCCUCGUUAAAUGUAUAGGAGAGAGGAAGAAUUCAUUCACGUAUUCUAGGAACGACAUAGAGGAUAUACUUCUUGAUCAAAUAUAAGAAAUAGAAAGGACCACAGUCAUGUACUCAUGUUGAUUAAUAUUUUCAUCAGAGAUAUGAGGGGAGCACAAUCUAAUCCAUGUUACUAAGGAGCACAACUUUAUCCAUAAAUAUGCAGUAAAGUCAUAGAUGUGAAGUCCACUUAUGAACAAAAAUUUUAGGCUGCUGCAGCCAUUUUUUUCAAUUCUUUAACUUUGAA